UGUUACUGUGAAUAGAAUUGCCUGCUCGUAGCAUUUCGUAUUUAUUUAAUUUUAUAAAUAAUAGCUAGCAGUAGUUUUUUUUUUUGUUAAAGAAUAUUACUUUAAGAAUGGCAGAGGAUAGGAGACUCUGGAUAGGAAAUCUGGAUCCGCGAAUAAAUGAGUAUCAACUACUUAAACUCGUGCAAAAAUAUGGAACAAUUGAUAAGUUCGACUUGCUCUUCCAUCGAAGUGGGCCACUGUCAGGUCAACCUCGAGGUUAUGCCUUUGUCACAUACACUCGCAAAGAAGAUGCAGUGAAAGCUAAAGCCAUGCACAACACAUUGGUGGGAAACAAAAACAUAAUUGUAACCUGGGCUCACAGUGUUCCAAAUGAAGAUAUGGAGAAACCUAAAAAGGCUGAUGUCAAUAUUCCAGCAUUAUCCUUAGCAAUGACAGACAAGAAGACAGAUCGCAUGCAUCAGAUCCAGGCAAUUGAGGCUAAACUGAAACUAAUGGAAAAACAAAAUUCCAAAGAACUGGAGAUCAACAAGACUGUAUCUGAGGAACUGCCAAUCAUAUCUCAAUAUCAGCAAAACAAAAGCACAACAACAAAACUUCCUAUGGUUAAACGGAAUCCAAGGCAAAACUACAAACCAUACAAGAAGAAUUGAUGUUUAUGCAUUAUAUUGCAGCCUUACUGAAUAGUGUUCAUUGUUGUAAAAUGAUAUCAAAAUGUUACAGAGUGUAUUAAGAUUAUA